GGACUAUUUCCGAUCAGGUCGACCGUUUUAUGCAGAGGUCUGAAGAGGUUGCGCAUGUCCAGACAGACGCACCGGCCUCCUCAACCACGUUUCAUCCGCAGAGCCGAGUGGUGGAAGUGCAGCCUCUUCAGGGUGGACACAAGAAGAACGUAGACGAAGAACUACCGCAACAGCACAUCAAGAGGACACCAGAAGAACUGCCGCAACUAAAACUUCUGCAAGAGGAAGAACUAUGGCGCGCGCAUAUCCCUAUGAUCAGUUGGGUAUGCACGCCUCUAGGGGUCGAGAGCAUGGUUGCAGUUCUGGAGAGGAAGGGCAUCAUCGGAGUCGACGUUGAGGGGGUGCAAUUAGGUAAAGAUGGCAGUGUAUGCCUAUUGCAGAUCAUGGCUGAGUUGGAGGUGGGAG